CGGUCGGCUGCUCCAGCUGCUCCAGUCGCAUUUCGCAUCUGAAAGCGCCCGUAAGUAGGUUACACAUUUUUUCGCCGAGCAAAACAAACAGUCCGCCGUCCAUCUCAUCCGAUCCCAUUGGCCACAGACGAACUGAGUAAGUGGAACUAACUUCCAAAUCCAGCACCGAAAUCGAUUGGCCACAGGUGACACCGCUUUGGUCGCGGUGCCUGGGAUUAGGUGGCCUAAAAAGUCGCGAUUCUCGGAAAGGGGGCGGCAUUCGUUGGGGGUGUGUCAUUAGGCCAACACAAAGCAUAGCGAAAGUGCAGUGGGAGCGAGCGAGAGGCAAGAGGUCGAGAGUUGAAAGGACAACCAGAGAGUUGCGACUAAUUGUGUUAUAGGAAAAGAGUCCCAACACAUUCGACGAGCACCAAGCCCACAUAUCUUCAUUACCAUCCGCAGACGAUUCGGCGAUUGCAGCUGCUGUGACACCAUGGAGUACCAGAUGAUUGCACCGGAGCACAGUGAACAGGUGCUGGAGCACCUGCGCCGCAACUUCUUCGCCGACGAGCCGCUGAACAAGGCGGCCGGCUUGUGCCAGAACGGCAGCAGCUGCCCCGCCCUGGAGGCACACUGUGCCGAGGCCAUACAGCACCGGAUGAGCGUGAUGGCUGUGGACGCGAAGGAGAAGGGUGCCUGCAAAAUAGUCGGCGUCGUCCUCAAUGGCAUCCUGAAGCCGGGCGACACGGCCAAGGCGCUGAGCAAGCUGGACUGCAACGACGACGCAGACUUCCGCAAGAUCUUCGACUUGCUGCACAGGCACAAUCUCAAGCACAAUCUCUUCGAGCACUUCGACGUGGACUGCAUGUUCGACGUGCGCAUCCUAUCGGUGGACUCCUGCUACCGUGGCCAGGGCAUUGCGAAUGAGCUGGUCAAGCGGUCCGUGGCGGUGGCCAGGAAGAAUGGCUUCCGCCUGCUGAAGGCCGACGCCACCGGCAUCUUCUCGCAGAAGAUCUUUCGCUCCCAUGGAUUCGAGGUCUUCUCGGAGCAACCGUACAGCAAGUACACGGAUGAGGAUGGCAAGGUGAUCUUGCCCGUGGAGGCGCCCCACAUCAAGUUGCAGCAGCUCUACAAGGCGAUCUGCGCGGGUGACCAGGAUGAGAAGAAGCAGUCGCUUUAAGGAGUCACCCGGCUGGCUCACAUUUGGAACAAUAAUCUCAUUUAUUUUCUACAUAUACAUACAUGCAUAAUA